GGUUUGUCCAGGGCGGUGGGUGCCGGGUUGCCGCGAUUAGUUUUUGUGAAGUGUUCCAGAAAUUAUAUGGGUGUUUUUUCGUCAAGCAUCUUGCCAUGAAAAUUGGCUGAAUUGAUCAGAUUUCAGCAGACAAGUAUGCGUCAUGGCACAGCCACGCUGCCCGUGCUCGUCUACGUGUUCUUCGUUCUGGCGGUGGGGCUGUACGUGUUCCUCAGCGGCUUCCUGUUGCGGCGCGUGGCGUUGCAGGAGCGCCAGACGUGCCCGGUCGGCGGCACAGAGCCCUGUGCCGUUGCGCGCACCUACAACCGCACCAUCCUGCUGGUUGUGGACGCGCUGCGGUACGAUUUCCUCGUGUUCAAUGAGUCGCUGCCGGCGGCGGCGGCGGCGCCCUACCAAAACAAGAUGCCGGCGGUGCACGCGCUGCUGACCGGGCGGCCCGAGCACGUGGCACGCUACCGGUUCGUCGCCGACCCGCCCACCACCACCAUGCAGCGACUGAAGGGGCUGACCACCGGCUCGCUGCCGACCUUUGUCGACGUCGGCGACAACUUCGCCAGCUACGUGGUCACCGAAGACACGUGGCUGUGGCAGCUGCGCGCCGCCGGCGGGCGCGCCGUGUUCGCCGGCGACGACACGUGGCUGCAGCUGUUUCCGACGGCGUUCGAGCGCGCCGCGCCGUUUCCGUCGUUCGACAUCCGUGACCUGGACACGGUGGACAGCGGCGUGGAGCGCCAGCUGGGCCGUGAGCUCGCGCGUCACGACUGGACCAUGUUCAUCGGCCACAUGCUCGGCGUCGACCAUUGCGGCCACACGUUUGGGCCCGACCAUCCGCAGAUGGCGCGCAAGUUGGCCCAGGUGGACGCGCUGGUCAGGAACAUCACCCAUCAACUAGACAAUGACACUAUUCUUUUCGUGCUCGGCGACCACGGGAUGACGCGAACAGGCGACCACGGCGGCGACAGCGCGGCCGAACUGGACGCCGGCCUGCUGGUGGUGUCGGGCCGCCCGCUGCCGGCGGCGCCGCGGCCCGCCGCCAUCCCACAGGUGGACCUGGUGCCAACACUAUCGGCCCUGCUCGGCCUUCCCAUCCCCUUCUCCAACUUGGGCACGGUGCGCGCCGAGCUGCUUUUCGUCCUGCUGGUGCACGGUACCGCCUUCUUCUCCAACAGCUUCACCGUCUGCGAGGAUGCCGUGAGCGGCUUCCUGGCAACCAGUAUGUUCGCCGUGCAGCUGCUGCCCGCGGGCGGCGGAGGCGACUCGCCAGGCGGCGCCGCCCGCCUGUUGCCGCGUCUGGCGGCGGCUGUCGCCGGCAGCGUGCUGCUCCGGAUCGGCCGCGCCGGCUUCGCCUGCCGCGAGGAGCAGUGGUGGUGUGAGCUGGGCGUGGCGCACCGACCGCUGGCCAGCCUGCAGGACGGCGCUGAGCGCAACGGCCGGCUAGCUGUGGCCGCGGCCAGCCUCGUGGCCGUGCUGUUCGCGCACCGCGCCUUUCUGCGCCACUGCGGCAACCUGAAUGGUUUCUCAGCAACAGAGCUGGUGGCACGCUGGUGCGGCUGGCUCUCGGCUGCUGGCCUGCUCGGCAGCUGGGCGCUGCAGGCCAUCCACCCCAGCUCCGCCGCGCUGCUGACUCUGCUGGUGCUGCUGUGGCGGCCACUGCUGGUGUUGGUACAGCCAGAGCUGGCUGGCGGCCGGCUGGUGGCCCGCGUCUUUCGCCGGCUGCGUCACCAACUGAGUGGCGCCGCCAGCGAGCUGCGCGUCUACGGGCUGGGCUCGGCCGUCAGUGCUGCCCUGCUAACCGCGCUGCUGGCCUGCUGGACGCCGCUGGUGUUGCUGCUGGGCGACGGCCGCGCGCCGGCCGCCGCGCUUGGUCUGGCCCUGAUGGCGCUAGCUGCCGCGGUGGUGGGCUUCGACGGAACCGCAGGCAGCGACUGGGCGGCAGCCGUUCUCUGGGCCGAACUGGCCUCGUUCCAGUUCUUCAGUACCGGCCACCAGGCGACGUUCCCGUCCAUCCAAUGGGACGCGGCCGUAGCCGGUCUGCAUAUGAUGCCCACUGGGCUCCUGUUGCCCGGCCUCUGCGUGCUGCUGGCCACGUUCGCCUCGGAGCUGGUGGCGGCCGCCGCGCUGCCGCUGCUGCUCUGCGCGCCCCACCUGGUCCAGGCGGUGCGCGAGCGCGGCGUCUCCUGGCGCGGCGAGCUGAACCUGCUGCUCGAUCCGAACGGCACUGCACGCCGCCUGCUCGCGCUCAACGUGCUCUACCUCACGGCCAAGGCGGUCAAGCUGCUGAUGUGCUGCCUGGCGGCGGCCGUGCUGCGUCGCCACCUGAUGGUGUGGAAGAUCUUCGCGCCCAAGGUGCUGUUUGAGGCCGUCUCGUUCCUGGUGGCCGGGCUGGGCGUCAUCGGCUCGCACGCGCUCGUGCUGCGCAUCCUCCGUCACGCCGGCUCGUGGCUGGAGCAGCUGGCGCACAAGGAGAUCUUGUAGCGGCGCCGAGUGGGCGCUGCACCGACCCCAGCGGGCGUCGGCCGCGUCUCGAGCUGGCGGCAGGGCAGUGCCAGUCUCAGGGGGUACGCCGACGGUCCCGGCGCCGCUCGGCCGCGUCUCGAGCUGGCGGCAGGGCGGUGCCAGUCUCAGGGGGUACGCCGACGGUCCCGGCGCCGCUCGGCCGCGCCUCGAGCUGGCGGCAGGGCGGCGCCAGUCUC